AUGGCUACGGUUGCCAAGCAACCGCUUAAACCCACCCCCCCCUUCCUUCUCAAAGCGUUCUGCAUCGGGAACAGCAAACCAGAGGCAGAAGUAGCGGCAACGGCAGAGCCGCCAUACAUUUUGAGACUUUUACCUGACUCCAGAGAGGAGCCGAGAGGUGUAGAUCUGUGUUUAGUUAUUGACAGGAUGUUAUCUCGGUUGAGCGAGCAGAUAUGGGCCGACUGGAUUUGGUUCCCCAAAGGCCACGGCUGGAAUGAUUUAAAGGAUCACGAUGGCAAAGUCUUCCCUAAACUGCCAGACCUCUGGGCCACCAUACCCAUCGCUAUUUGCUUUCUAGUCAUAAGACCGAUAUUUGAGCGGACAGUAGCUCUUCCUCUGGCCUCUCUGCUUGGAGUCAGAGACAAGCCGCGUCUUUGUGUCCGUCCAAAUCCUGUCCUGGAGUCCUAUUUCUGCAGCACGUCAAAGUUUCCCACACAGAGCUCCUUUGAGAGUUUAAGUAAGCAGACAGGAUGUUCAGUGCGACAAGUCCAGAGGUGGUUCAGGAGGCGGAGGAACCAGGACCGACCCAGCAAGGUCAAAAAGUUUCGGGAAGCAAGUUGGAGGUUUACAUUUUACUUUCUGGCUUUCUUUGUUGGCCUGGGAGUUCUUGUUGAUAAACCAUGGUUCUUUGAUAUGCAGCAAGUAUGGGAAGACUUUCCAAAAAUGCCGCUACUGCCCUCACAAUACUGGUACUACAUGAUAGAACUCGGCUUCUACGUCUCUUUGGUUUUUAGCGUAGCGUCAGAUAUCAAACGUAAGGAUUUUAAAGAGCAGAUCAUUCACCACGUGGCAACCAUUGCCCUCAUCAGUUUCUCCUGGCUGGUUAACUACAUCCGGGCUGGGACUUUGGUCAUGCUGGUGCAUGAUGCCUCUGACUAUCUAAUGGAGUCUGCGAAAAUGUUCAACUACGCAGGGUGGAGGAGAACCUGCAACUUUAUCUUCAUCAUGUUUGCUGUGGUUUUCAUCAUCACCCGCCUCAUAAUCUUCCCCUUCUGGAUCAUACAUACGACUUUGGUGUACCCGCUGAGCCUCUACUCCCCCUUCCUCGGCUUCUACUUCUUCAACGGGCUGAUGCUCGUGCUGCAGGCUCUGCACUUCUUCUGGGCGGUACUCAUCUUGCGCAUGGCGGUCAAAUUCCUGCCGGGCAAUGACAUCGUUGAGGAUGAGCGGAGCGACAAGGAAGAGACGGAGUCCGACGAUGAGGUGGACGGUCACGAGCGCAAAGAAAAACCAAAAAACGGCCACGUGCAGAACGGCCACACGGUCCUGAACAACAACCACAGUAAGAUGGACUGAUUGGACUGAGCUGGGUGACGAUGGGCCCGUUGCCUGGAAGCCAAAGAGCGUGAGCGUAGCGUUGAAAGGAGCGACAAGCAGCACUCUCAGAUAUACCUGUUCUUACCCAAUCCCCCAUAUCAGAUAUCAGUUCCACUAAAUCACAAAAGUCCUGGUUAAGAGCCACAGUCACCUGCUGGACGAGGAAACCACAGUUUCUUUCUUUGUUCCUCUCCCCAGCAGAAUAAUUUUCUUUCUUUUUAAAAAAACAAAAGUGCCAUCACCCAUGUAGUCCAUGUCAAACCUGCCUGCUUGUAGCUUGAUUUUUAUUACUGGAAGUGUUUUUAGGAGAUCCAGGGAUUGGGACGGGUACCCUCCUCCUGCAGCUGGUUAACACUCUCUAAGUAUUAAUGACCUCAAACUUGACCUAAAUUUGCUCUCAGUAACCACACUGACGACAGCGAGGGGCAGCAACGUGAAUGUGGCACUGACUCUCUGUGGACCAUGCAUCUGGAACCAUGGAUAAGUCGGUCCAAACGUUGCUACUGCCCAGAGUGUUGCAUUCUUUGAGUAAUACUAAAUAAUUGGUGAUAAAAAAGUCAUUUUAACUGUUUCAGAGACUGUGCUACGAAUACUGAAAUGUGCCUUUUGCGAAGGUUUGUCUUAAAAACCCUUUUAGUUGUAUCAUUUUCAUUUAGCUUUGUGUUUUAUAUCUUAUUCAGUCCAGUCCGCUGUUUAAAUUUUGGGAGCAAUUUGUUUGAUUGUAAAUCACUUAGUAAUUAUUUAUUAUUUGUGGGUUGGAAGAGUCUGCGGCAUUUCCCAUUCAUACUAAGAUGCAUUUUAUGCUUUGUCUAUGAAUCAGUUCGAAGAAAAUCUAUGGGAGAAAAAAAACAAAAAAACAUUUGAAUCCAACAAAAAUGUGAUAUAAUUCUAAGAUGAAAAAGUUCCUGAAUUAUUUCAAUAUAGUUUUAUAUUUAUUGUAUAAACCAAAAAUUCCCCUCUUUCUUGGCAGUGUUGUGGCGUGUUUUGUUUAAGGAGGAAUAAGAGUUGCUUUAAAGUAAUUAUUAGUAUGGAUGUAAAACCACAGCUGUAAAUUAGGGUUUACAUGUUCAACUGAAGUGUCCUUUGCAGGUGCCUUUACCAUUUCAAAAAGUGUUGUUUAACAAAAGAAUUGAAAAGAUAAUCUUUGUUUCCUCUGUGUCUCAUUCUUUCACUCUCUUGAACGCGGCUCCAUCGAAGCAGCUUUUCUCCUUCUUAAUAUCCAUUUCUUUUAUGUUCUGCACUAAAGUUUCACCAGAAUGAUGGAUUAUGUUUAUUUGAAAUCAAUUUUCCUUUCUUAAGAAAAUCGCUAUGCAAUGUUUGUUAAAUAACUUCAGAAGAAAAACAGAAAUGACUUGGAGUAAAUGUGCCUCUUUUGGAGUUCAGAAACUAAAGUCCUCAAGGCCUUUUGUGUUCUAAAGAUUUAUUUUUAUUAAUUUUUUUCUUUUUGAGUCUAAAUGACCACUCAAAGCGCUUUUACGCCACAUUCACACUCUCGGGCAGCAGAUAUUAGUCCUGAUGCACGGUAAUACAGGCUGUGCAGCGCCUUCCCCAUUUCACACACACACACACACA